AUGACACUAGUCAUCCUAGGCGAAACUCUAAGCUACCUCCGCAUCAACGGCAUCUGGCCCAAAAAAGGUCACGAACUAAACCCAGGAAAGUGGUUCUACAUUAAAUUCAUACUAAUGCUCACAUCUCAAUCGGUAAUCCUCCUCGGAAGCUCCGCUCACUUAGUGGUGUCCCUCCAAAACGACUCCAGCAACAUCUUCUUAGACCUAGUCAUCCUAAUCGGAGAAGUGGGAGUGUUCUACUUCAACGCCACUUACGUCAGAUAUGAAGAACCCAUCGCGAAGAUUUUCACCCACCUUUCCAACUUCAAACAAUUCGGGACACCCCCAAAUUUUGACCAGCGCAACAAGAAGUUGAUGUUUUGGUCCAAAUUGUACAAAACGUACAUCGACGCUGCCAUUUUUAGCAUGGGGUUGGAGCCCUUCCUCAAGUUGAAAUCUUGCGAGAGGGAAAAUUUAACGCGCAAGUUUAAGGAAAUUUGUGGGUUGGUGGUGACGACUUGGGUGCCUUUCGACAUCAACGUGUUUCCACUUAAACAAAUUCUUUAUGUGUGGCAGGUUUACACGCUUUUGUUUACAUUGAAGGGGGCGGCGCUUAUUUCGUUUUCGAUUAUGGAGUCGAUGGAGCACUUGGUGGUGAGAAUACAACAUUUGAAAGUGAUGUUGUUGGAGACGGCGGAGACCGAAAACGCGAAACUGAGGGAGGCAAGAUUGUUGAAGUGUGUUGAAUACCACAAUGAUAUUUUUGGGUAUAGGGUUGGGCAAGAGAUGGAUAAGAAUUUCGCUAGUUGUUUGUUUUUGCACGUGUUGUUCUCGGGGGCGCUCUUUGGGUGCAUUGGUUACAAAGUGAUGGAGGUAGCGGUAAGUUUCUCGUUAUUGUCGUCUUCACUGUUUUUUGGUUGGGUUCUUUCGCUCAUUAUUGUCUCAGCUAGUGGUCAACACGUAAUGGAUGAGGGAUUUUCAGUUGGCGACACCGCUUACAAUAGUAAGUGGUACGACAGAAAUCCUUCUUUUCAAAAAAACAUCGUUCUGAUUAUAACCAGAGCUCAGAGGCCUAUACUUAUUCACGCUGGCCCUUUUAGUUAUCUUUCACACGUCAUGGUGCUGACUAUUUUUAAAACGGCUUACACCUACAUGACAAUGUUAAAUGCAACUUCUAAGUAA